GGGUUUUAGUAUCGGAAUUCUAAAUUAAGUUGUUUAGUGUUUACAUUUUACGUUAAUAUUUUGUUGAUUUAUAUUUGAACGAUCUUAUACCUUGAGAAAAUUUUGUUAUAAGCCAGUUUUGGAAAAAUAAAAUAUACAAGAUUGUUUAAAUACGAUUACUAUAGCAAUGUACAGAGUACAGACAAAUACUAUAAGACAUCGUGCCAUUUAUUGUUAAAACUAUUCAAAUAAUCGUUUUGAUAAAAAAAAAAAACAUGGGCCGCAGAAGUGGAAAAGCAUCAAAAUUGAAACGCCAUUCGUCUCUUGAUGACUUAACUGGUAGACCAUAUAGAUUACCCAUCGACCGGAAUCAAAUUCGCCGAGUUGACCAAAUUGACAAUCCUCAAAAUGGACAUGAAUAUCUUUAUAUGGCUAGAAAAAUGGAAGAUAAAUUGCCUCCAGUUAUGACUGCUACUAAUGUUGAACUUCAACAAUUCAUUAACAAAUUUGAAAGCAAUGCUUCUACAUAUUUAAUACCUCAACUUGAAUUGCCUAGUAUAAAAAAUAAGAAAUUACUGCCAACUAAAGCCGAAAUAAUGUCAUACGUUGAACAGUAUGAUGAUGCCAGAACCAAAAUUCAGGAUACCAGAAAAUGUAUUACUCAUCCUCAAAAUAUAUUGCCAGUGUCUAAUUCACCAACUGCUUGGUUUACAUUUUUAUUUGGAAGACAAAUUAAUGCUUCUACACCAGUAAAUCCUGUGCAUAAUAUUGACAAGAUUGUUUAUUUUUUUCAAAGCCAUUGUGCUGCUGUUAUUUCUAACUUCGUUCAAUGGAUUAUGAAAAAAAUAAUUAAUACCAGUGAUGUAACUUCUUGGACAUUUUCAGUGUAUGCUAGUAUGGAUAGUGAUCCAUGUGAAACUCUGUUAUCAGACAUGCGUAUACUUACACAGCUAUUUAUUAAUGCACGAGCAGAAAUUGAAGAUCAUUUAGAUGUUUCUGCUUUGCGUUACAGCUGUUUAAUUAACUUGGUCUCAGAAAAAUUUAAACAACACGAUCUCGGUGAUAUUGUUAACUAUAAGAAUCAUUAUUCUGGUAGUAGCAAGGUAAAAAAACAAAUAUAAAUAUUAGAUACUAUUAAUUGUUUAUUUCUUUACAGUUAACAUUAUAUCAUUUUCAGUAUUAGUUCUAAUAUCAUGGAACUUCUACUUAAAUGUUUAACGCAUGUUUAUUUAUAAUAAUG